ACCCACGGGAUAGGAGAACAUAUUUAAAAAUAAAUAAAAACAACAAACACUUAUCAUCCCACACAGAGACAGACUGGGUGUCAGGAAUCUGGAGGAAGGUGAGUUGGGGGCCUCUGGCUGGAGUCUCUCAUGAGGUCACGGUCAAGCGGUCGGCCGGGGCCGCCUCAUCUGAAGGCUCGACCGGGGCUGGAGUUGCUGGGAGCCCAAGCCGCCACCCUCACGUGGCUCAUGGCGGGCGGCCUCGCUUCCUUACCCCUGACGGGGUGCCAGAGAGUGACCAAGCUGGUGUUUUAUGUCACUGGUGACAGCCCGUCACUUUUGCCGAGGUCUGUCGGUCACAAAGGUGGAUUCUGGGUUACGGCUGGAAGCCCCGCCCUGGGCUGUGAAUGCCAGGAUGGGGGGUCCCUGGGGGCCACCUGGGAGCCUGAUCACCUCCCUAGCGAACACGUAUGGGAUGCCUGCUGACUUCCAGGCAUGGGGGCUCGGAACUUUCCAUAAGGCUAUGGCAGCACAAUGCCCUGAAACGAUCCCAGCAGUGGGCUUAUUAUUAUUCCCAACAGGAAGUGGAGUUUUACGGCUGCGCACGCAGCUCCGUGACCCACCGGCUGUGUGACUUUGGGCAAGGGACCUCACGUCUCUGGACACAUUUUGCCAUUUGCAGGUCGGCCCCAGGGUCCCCCCGUGGGAUUGGGGUGAGCACGUCGGGGGACACCCAGCAUGCAGGAAGGCAGGUGCUGCGGAACAUGCCUCCAGCCUCCAGUGUUGCUGCCCGCGGCUGCACCCACCUGUGCCCAUGGCCCGCACGGGCCCGUCGCUCUCCGGCGCCUUCGACAUUCUAGGUGCCGCAGGCCAGGACAAGCUCUUGUACCUUAAGCACAAGCUGAAGACGGUCCACCAGGGCUGCCGAGGGGCAGACCUCCUGUACGCCAUGGUGCUUCUGAAGCUGGGCCAGGAGACGGAGGCCAGGAUCUCCCUGGAAGCUCUGAGGGCGGACGCAGUGGCCCGGCUCGUGGCCCGCCGCUGGGCCGGCGUGGACAGCGCCGAGGCCCCGGAGGAGCCCCCAGACUUGUCCUGGGCCAUCGCCCGGGUGUACCACCUGCUCGCCGAGGAGAAGCUGUGCCCGGCCCCUGUGCGGGACCUGGCCUACCAGACAGCCCUCCAGACGUUCAGCUCCAGGGACGACCACCGGCUGGCCGAGCUCCAGGGAGAGGCCCGGGACCGGUGCGGCUGGGGCGUCAUCCGGGCCCCCGGGAGCUUCCAGCCCCUUCGCUCCGAUCGGGGCUGCCUCCCGCCAUCCUCGGUGUCCCCCUCGGGCACCCGCAGCCUUCCCAAGCCCAUCGAGGGCCUUUCGGGCUGGAGCAGAGGGUGUUCUCUGAGAUCCACCAGCAGCCCCGCCUCCCUCGCCAGCAACCUGGAAAUUAGCCAGUCACCCACCAUGCCUCUUCUCAGCCAGCACCGCGGCUGUCGUGUGCCCAGCAAGCUGUGUGAGGAGCCCCGGGCAGGCCCCGGGCCCGAACCUGAACCUGCCCCCACAGGCUGCCAGGAGCCUGAGGAAGUGAGCUGGCCACCAUCCGAGGAGGCUGUCAACCCUUCACCUGGGGACACAGCCGGCCCUCCAUCGGGGGUGACUGCCGGGCCCCUGCUGGGGGAGACCGCUGGCCCCUCAUCGGAGGGCCCCUCUUUGGAGGACCCCUCAUCCGGAGAGACUGCCGGCCCCCCGAUGGCACCAGACAGCCCGGGCCCUAGACUUCCUGAGGUGGUCCCAGACGCAAGCGCCACUGGCCAGCCCGACGCCCCCAAAGCUCUGGAAAGCGGCACCCGCUACCCGGUGGAGUGCAGCCACGUGCUGGCAGCCCCCGCAUCUCUCCCCUUGCCCCCCAAAACCACUUGCCCUGACAAGGACCAGACCCCCCUCUCGCUCCCCGUAGAAGAUACCGCUUCCCGGAGGCACCCCCCAUGCCCCCCCACCCCCUCCCCUUCUCCAUCCAUCCCUCCUUCCGCUUGCUCCGCCGCCUGGAAUCCGUGCCCCCCGCCCCCCGAGUUGGAGCCAGAGCAGAAAUUCUACAACUUUGUGAUCCUGCACGCGGGGGCGGACGAGGACAUUGCCCUGCGGGUCCGAGAGAGGCUGGAGAGCCUGGGCGUCCCGGAUGGCGCCACCUUCUGCGAGGAUUUCCAGGUGCCCGGGCGCGGCCACCUGCGCUGCCUGCAGGACGCCCUCGACCACUCAGCCUUCACCCUCCUGCUGCUGACCCCCAACUUCGACUGCCACCUGGGCCUGCACCAGGCGGGCCAGUCCCUGAUGAACAGCCUCACGCGGCACGAGUGCGGGGACUGCGUGAUCCCCUUCCUGCCCCUGGAGAGCUCGCUGGAGCAGCUCAGCCCGCACACCCGUAGCCUGCUCACCAGCCUGGUGUGGCUGGACGAGCGCUCCCAGAUCUUCGCCAGGAAGGUGGCCAACACCUUCAAGCCGCAGAGGCUGCGAGCCCGCAGGGCCCACUGGAGGAAGGAGCAGGACGUCCGCGCCCUGCAGGAGCAGCGCCAGCAGCUGGAGGGCGAGCGGCAGCGCGUCUCGGCGCUGAACGCCGCCUACUCGGCCUAUUUCCAGAGCCACUCGGCCUGGCAGGCGCAGAUGGAGACGCUCCGGGUGGCCUUCGGGAGCCACAUGCCCUUUGGGACUCCGGGGCCCCUGGGAGCGCCCCCGCCCUUUCCCUCCUGGCCGGGCCACCAGCCGCCGCCGCCCGCGCCCCCGUGGCUGGCCGGCGCCCCGGCACCCGCGCCCGCCUUCCCGCAGCCCCCGGCGCCCCCUCAGAGCCCGGGGCUGCAGCCGCUCAUCAUCCACCACGCGCAGAUGGUGCAGCUGGGCCUCAACAACCACAUGUGGAACCAGAGAGGGACCCAGGCGCCCGAGGACAAGACGCAGGGCGCGGAGUGACCGGUGACCCCGGCCUUGGGGACGCCCGCACCGCGCCCGGGGCGGGAGGAGGAGCGCGACGUCGUCUGCAACCUUCAGGACAUCGCUGGGGAGACCUUCGUCUCUCAGGAAAUCGCGCAAAAUGGGCCCCGGCGACUUUCUGGCGCGCAAGGAGGGGGGGGCGGUGCGGAGUUGGUGGUGGCAUUUGCGGAUUCUCACCCGGGUGCUGGCGGUGGCGGGGAGUGGGCUGGGGGAUGUGGGAAGUGUGUUUCGACUUUAAUAAAUAUUUAUUGAACGCUU